AUGACUGUGACCUACACCUCGCGUGUGAGCACAUCGAGUGUUGUCAGCAAUUUCUUGGGUCUCCUAGUGAGAUGGCGCGGCAGUAUUUACAAGCUAAUAUGGAUAGACCUAAUUGCUUUCUUCGGAUUGUACGUCUUGCUGGCCAUUACAUAUCGCUUGUUGCUAAAUGAAGAGGGCAAGAGGUUCUUCGAGGCUAUUAUAACGUAUUGCGAGCGGAAUGGUUCCCUCAUUCCAUUGUCCUUCGUGUUGGGAUUUUUUGUGCGAAUUGUGAUGAAUCGCUGGUGGGAGCAAUACACAACCAUUCCCUGGCCAGAUGGGAUUGCCAUUUUGAUUAGUACCAGUAUCCAUGGCUCCGAUGAUAGAGCCCGAGUCAUGAGGCGAACGAUCCUGAGAUAUGUCUGCCUGUGCCAGGUGAUAGUUUUCACCAUGAUAUCACCACGUGUAAAACGUCGAUUUCCCACCUACAAUCAAAUCAUCGAAGCUGGAUUUUUACUGGAAAACGAAAAGAAGAUCAUUGAGACCAUGGAUCAGGCCUUUCCAAAUUAUCCAAAACAUUGGAUGCCCAUCGUUUGGGCAGCUAGCAUUGUAAUGCGGGCCAGGAGGGAGAAUAAGAUCAGGGAUGAUUACGCCGUUAAGACGAUAAUUGACGAGUUGAACCACUUUCGCGGUUUAUGUGGAUUUCUGCUUUACUACGACUGGAUCAGUGUUCCACUGGUUUACACCCAGGUGGUCACCGUGGCCACCUACUCUUUUUUUCUGUUCAGCGUUCUUGGACAACAGUGGAUGGAGAAUCAUUCGGAUCCGGAAGGCAUUAAUAUUAGAAGGUGGUUCCCCAUCCUGACCAUCCUUCAGUUUUUCUUUUACAUGGGUUGGCUCAAGGUGGCCGAGUCCUUGAUCAAUCCAUUCGGAGAGGAUGAUGACGACUUUGAGCUUAAUUGGAUAAUCGAUCGGAAUCUCACGGUUGCAUAUUGCAUAGUGGACGAGAUGCACCAGGAGCAUCCGGAACUGGUUAAAGAUCAAUACUGGGAGGAGGUCUUUCCGAAUGAAAUGCCCUACGCAGUGCCAAAUAUGCGUCAUAACCCUCCGGAAGCUUCAACUGCAUAUAUGGAAACCCAAUCUCAACAGAAGAGACACCAUGGAUCGGGUCUUUCGACCUUUAGUAACCGCAGUAGCCGCAAUAGCCGUACCCAUUCGCGUAACGCCUUCCAACGGAACUUUUUGGGAAGACCAUCGGCGACAGGGAGCUACUCAGACUCCUUUCAAUUGGAAGAUGGCCCAUCUGGAGUGACCUUCAGUGAAACUCUAUUUGCCAUGGAUCAGGAAGAUCCACAGAGCUCUCAAAAACCGUCGCAAUCGACCAUCGAUUUUAAUGCUUUAAUUGAGCAGCGUCGCCGUGAGCGCAGGGAACGAAUGCGCCACCGUUUUAUGGACAUGAGGAGCACCCAUCUCCGUCACGAUACUUCGGGUGCACCUUAUACGGUCACAGUUCUUCGUCCUCCGUCCGAUGAAACUCUAUCCGAAAGCCAGGAAGCAGGAGAUGGAACCCAACAAGAUCCUUCAACCAAGGCAACCCCACCAAAUAAAACAGAAAAGAACGAUUAG